AUGGCGGGAGCGUCUGUCCAUAUUUCUGGGCCGGGUCCACCCAGUCAUGCUUCUCCAACCAAACUGGCUCUCCCUAGCACCUCCCGCAACCAAUUACGUGAGAUUGAAUGUCGUAAAGAGAAGAAAAUCGGACAUCGACGUGUCACAGAAGAGGGUACUGUUACGUAUAAAAAGAAACCAACAUCAGAACUUCAAGGAGCUAUUCAACUUGGUAUACAACAUCAUAUUGGCUCACUGCAACAAAAACCGGAUCGAGAUCUCUUGUAUGGAGAUUUUAAUAUUAUCGAUACAGUGAAUUUUCCACAUGAAGGUACUAAAACUACUCAAGCACAUCCUUAUUCCGAUUUCCGAUUUCGAAUAUAUGCACCUGUGGCGUUUCGGUGUUUCCGGAAGUCUUAUAAAUUAGAUAUUCGUGAUUUUCUGAAUUCCUUAUGUAGUCAAUCACUUCGAGAACUUUCCAAUCCCGGUGCAAGUGGUUCAAUAUUCUACAUUAGUCAAGAUGACGAAUUCAUCAUUAAAACUGUACAACAUAAAGAAGGGGAAUUUUUACAGAAAUUGUUACCGGAAUAUUUUAUGAAUCUUAUGCAACAUCCUCGUACUUUAUUACCUAAAUAUUAUGGUCUGUAUUGUUAUCAGUCAGGACAUAAAAAUAUUCGUUUCGUGGUAAUGAAUAAUCUUCUACCAUCUUCCGUACGUAUUCAUGAGAAAUAUGAUUUAAAAGGAUCAACUUAUGGUCGUCAAGCAAGCGAUGCUGAACGUGCUAAAAGCUCACCAACUCUAAAGGAUCUUGAUUUCUUAGAAAAUCAUCCUGACGGCAUAUGGUUGGAAGCAGAGACUUACGAUGCUCUAUUAAAAACAAUUGAGAGGGAUUGCCUUGUGCUUAAAUCUUUCCGAAUUAUGGACUACUCAUUGUUGUUAGGUAUACAUAAUUUGGAUAAGGCCAAACGUGAACGGCUUGCUCAAAAACACGCUUCGGAAAAAAAUAACACUGGUAAUCAGUAUGGUGGAGAUGAUUCAGAGCUAUCACCAAGUCCACCUUCUGGCUUAAAGUCUAACGGAUUAAUUUCUCAUGGUAAAAACAAAACUAAUGGCAAUUCCACGUACAUGUCUUCACCAUCGAAUGGUGGAAACAGUCCAUCGUCACCAAAUAUUCCUUCUAAUAUCCCUAGUCGUCGAGCUCAUUUCACACCGGGUGCUGAUGGUGAGAAUAUUCAAGUGAAGUCUACAAAUGAUGAGGAGAAAUCAGUGUUCCAACGAAAUGCGCCAAAGUCUCAUUCUCAAAAACGCGUGGUCGCUUAUUGCACUGCUAUGGAGUCAAUAAAGGCGAGUUCUGAACCUGUUGAAUUAGAAUCCGAAGAACGUGAACUUAUACCAUCUGGAGGCAUUCCUGCGCGUGAUACUAAUGGUGAUCGCUUGCUACUGUACAUUGGUAUUAUUGACAUUCUACAAAGCUAUCGUAUUCUUAAGAAAAUGGAGCAUGGAUUUAAAUCACUUGUUGUUGAUGGAAAAACCAUUUCAGUCACUCAUCCAUUGUAUUAUGCUCAACGGUUUCAAGAAUUCCUCGGUCGUACGGUAUUUAAGCGUAUACAGUCGCCAUUAAAACAAGCCACUUCGAAGCGUUUUAUUCGUCCAAUGUCUGCUAUUAAAUCUAUAGAUGAAGCUGUUGAUCUAGCUGAAAAGGGAACUACCUACGAAAGUGCUAAACCGUCAGAUGUUUCACAUUUGUAUAGAUCAGACUGGAACAGUUCGUCUCAAACGCUCCUCUACAAUGCAUCGUCUUAUGAUGUCAGCAUUCCGAAAUACCCUAUGUGGGUAUCAUCCGAAGCGCAAAGUUAUAACGGCACCUACAAUAGAAAAGAGUCGUAUCCUAGUUCACCAUCGAAACAGUCUCAUGCGAUUAGAAGUAAAAUGGGAUCCUAUUCCAACUACUUGUCAGUCUACAAAAUGCCGAACAGGUACCGUAGUACGGGCGAACUCAAUCGAGGGUCCUCCACUCCAGACUCCUCCAUCUGUACCGUGUCGUCUGACAUUGGUCAAGGAUCAGUCUCAGGAAAUUAUUACAGUAGAAGAUUCAGACCACAAUCAGGGUAUAGAUCAAAUGCUGUGAUAUAUACAAACAUCAAUAAUCAACGUUAUCCUCAUUUAUACGAUAUGUUGGCAGCUGAUCUAGAACGUACACCGAGUCAAAUUAGUUUUAGUACCUCAAGUUCAAGUGAUAAUAAUUCUCAUAUUCAUAGAAGCAGAAGUAGUGAUAUUCGUGAUAUUUUACGUAGUGAAUCUACCUCAUAUAAUGAUGACGAAAAUAAUAUUGCAAUAACGAUAACAAGUGAUUCAUCUGGUAAUGCACCCUUAAAUCCACUGGUUGAUAAUGAUAAUUCUCAGGUAACAGUAACAUCAACCACUAUUAAUAAUAAUAAUAACAGCAAUAAUGAUUCAAGCUUACAAGGCAUUAAGAAACGACCUAAUCGUAUUGGUAAAAUUGAUUAUGCUUCAUUAGAAAGAUUUAUGAAUGAUGCUUCAUCAACUCUUUCUUCACCACUUUAUGAUCCUUAUGGAAUGUCAUCUAAAAUUGCUAGUUGGUCAUCUAGUCAUCAUCCUUAUAGUCGUCGUCAAAUUAUUGACAAAAGAUGUACAAGUCCUUCUUCGACAAAAUCAGCUAGAAGUAUGCCACCAAUACCUGUUUUUAGUGAAUCAUUCUUAAAGAAACGUAAACUUCGAAAUCAAUAUAAAUCGGCAAAUAAAAUGAAAUCUAUAAAUAAUAAUGUGUAA